AUGGAUCCUCCACAGAAGCCAAACAUGCUUCAAGCUAUCCUGACCACCUUUUUUCUCCUGGUACCAUUUUAUUGCAUAUACAAACCCCCAAUUCUGCUCAUUCGUUACUGUCAACGUCGCUGGCCCGACGUACUCUUCCGUGUGGACACAAACGACAAAGUGAUUGCGUUGACCAUUGACGAUGCGCCCUCCAUACGCACACCUGCAAUUCUUCGCCUAUUACAAUCGCACAAUGCAGCUGCAACUUUCUUCCUGAUAGGAUCCCAGAUCACAGGGUACGAAUCUGUCUUGGCUGAUCUCGUCCGAGCUGGCAACGAACUGGCCAACCAUGCCAUGUAUGAUGAACCAUCGCGUGCACUGAGCGACGAUGCCUUGGCGGGUCAGAUCCGAGCAGUCCAUGCCAUGAUCCAGGAAGCAUAUGUCGCAGGAGAUACAUCACAGCCAGAGAGUUGGCUCUUUCGCCCUGGCUCGGGAUUUUUUAGCUCCCGGAUGAGAACUCUUGUAACGGAGCUGGGCUAUCGGCUGGUGCUCGGCGACGUGUAUCCGCAUGACCCGCAGGUGCCAUUUUGGAAACUGAACGCGAGUCAUAUUUUGAGUAUGGUCAAGCCAGGGAGUAUCAUUGUUUGUCAUGAUCGGAGAGAGUGGACGGUGCCCAUGUUACAGAAGGUGUUGCCGGAGCUGAAUCGCAGAGGGUAUCGCGUUGUCACAGUUUCCGGGUUACUGAAACAGACCGGUUCAAAUUGA